ACAGAGAGACUGACAGAGAGAUUUAAAUAUAAAUAAAUCGAAAUUCCUUGUAAGGGGUCUUUAUUCUUUAAUGGCGUCUCUCUCUCUCUCUCUCUCUCUCUCUCUCUCUCUCCGCGCUCUGCAUAAUAUGUCCUCCUCUUUCUAGGAUGAUGUAGCUACUUUGCUUCAAAGAGAGGAGAAAGGAAGAGAUUAAAGGGUGGGUAGCUCUGGAAAGCCAAGGCCAUGGAAAAGAAGAGGAAGGAUUGCAAGCUUGUUUUUGCUGCAUCCGAAGAAGCGAAUGGGCCCAAUGAAAUCUUGAGAAAGGAAGAUCUGAAUCAAUCUAGUGUUGUACAUGCUGCCGGGAAAAAUGUGAUCACCGCUAGCUCUUCACAGGACAAUGCACCGUCCUUGAACAAUCAACCCCAACCGGUUGUUCAAUGGCAACAUACAGCCCAAUGUGUAAUGGACCACCAAUUCAAUUUGAUCCCAAACCCUUGUUUGCCUACCCAAUCACCCUCACCUACAUUCAUAAGCCAAUGGCAGCCACCACAUCCACAUUAUCAGCAACAGAAUCCCUCAACCCAUCAGGUCCAACACAGCCAGUUUUCCCCACAUUUAGCACAACCUGUGGUGCCUUUCUUGCUGGCUCAGCGGCCUGGGUAUCAUUCAGUUGCACCUGUUGGAACAACGGAGAUUAGUUGGCAAGGUCCUACAACAGCUGGAGGAGGAAUUUCAUCCGGCAACCAGCCCCAGAUUCCAAGCUUUUGUUACCAUGUUAAUUAUCCGUAUCCAGGCUUUCCAGGUCCUUGGGAUCCAACAUCUUGGUGGGCUCAUGCUCAACUGCCCGCUUGCACCUAUGCUAUUCCAGGAGGAUGUGGCUAUAUCUCUUCAUUACCAUCAUUGAUGCCUGGUUGCUCAGCUCCCUCAAGUCAGCUCUCACAGAGGGGAAUCAUUCAGCCACCAGAAAAGCUUUCACAGAAGCACCAGCGGCUGUGGGAAGCUCAAUCAGCAGAGAAUAUUCAGUUAUGGGCUGUGGUUGGUCGGUUGCAAUCAGAAUUGGCAGAUUACAAGAGCCGCUUAAUGAAGCUUGAAUCAGAGGUCUUCUUAUCUGUUAAACCAACAGUUGCAGAGUCCAAGGCUCUUGGCACUGGUACUCACUUAGCUGGACGAUCAUCAAAGAGGGGUAGACCAAAGAAACCAAUUGCUUCUGCUGAUGCUGUUUGUUCCCCGGAUGACUCUCGUCCUCGAGCUCGUGGUCGAAAGCCUGCGGUGCGCAAUGUUGCAUUGGAGAUAAAAGAAAUAAAUUUGAGGAAGGAGAGCAUAAUAAAACACAAAGAGAAUCAGUGUCACUCUUCCAUCCAGCACCAAAAUGACAUAAACAUUGAAAACAACUUGACAAACUGUUGCUGCGGGAUGGAGAUUUCUGGAACAAUCCCCACAUUUGACAGUCGAAUUCACCAGCAUGUUCCCGGGCUCAACCCUUGUUCGUCCUCCAUUUUCAAUAACAAGAUUGGAGACCCCGGGCCUGAAUUUUCAAUUUUGCCUCACCGUGUUAAAGGGGUUGAAAGAAAAGGUGCUCUUCUCGAUGUCCCAGGGACCAUGGGUAGUGAAAGUUUCGUAUGGACCUCAAAUAUCUCCUCUGAAAACUGUAGAAGAGAUCCGGUAAACGUUGGCACUCGUGAUUGUUACAAUGAGGUUAAUGUCGUGGGAGAAGGAAGGAAUUUCAUGGUAGGAUGGAAUUUUAGGAAUGAAGAAGGUGCUUCUGCAGCUACUCAAAAUGCUGCAGCAGAAUCUCCCAAAGAUGAAGAAGAGAUGGAGGAUGAUGGCAGCUCAGCGGCUGAAGAUGCUGCUUGACGGAUUGGAUUCUCCUACUGGUUUUAGGCUUAGAGUCUGUUUUCAGUUUGGUUGAAAAGCUGGUGUGAAAUUUCAGUUUUUCUUGGCGCAUCAGCCGGGUGUUGCUUUCCUCAUUUUUGGAUGAUCACAUUGAAUGCCUAGCUAGGAGCUAGCUCAGUUGGGCUCUUGCUGUAAAAGGGGGAAGAAACCAACCCAAAUUUUGCAAGGCUGCAGGGUGCAUAAAGAGAUAUUUAUAUCAAAAUUUCUAAGGCAGCAGGGUGUAUAAAGAGAUAUUUAGAUCAAAAUUUCUAAGGUAAUGCAAGAAUCGCCUUUGUUCAUCUUUGCUUUCAUUUACUGUCGAGGAAAAUUGUCGACAAUUUGUCAUGUUUGCGUUUGCAACCACUUCAUCCAAUCCAAAGCCUCAAAACUCUGCUAAAAGGCAAUGUUGAGGCAAGAUUUUGACCAAACAUAGAUGACAUA